GUGUAUGUAUGUAUGUAUGUAUGUAAGUGUGUGUGGGUGGAUGUGUGUAUCGGGGGUGUGGCCUUGCCUCCCCAGGCCUGUGGUCUACUCCGUGACUAGAGUCGGCAUUCCCAGUCUGGAUGUUGCAGUACAAACAUGAGCGGACGAGUUGGAGAUUUGAGCCCAAAACAGGCUGAUGCUUUAACACAGUUUCGGCUCAAAAUCCAGGACAUCCUUCCUGACCUUCCAGCCCAGCAUGACCACUACCUGCUACGCUGGCUUCGAGCUAGAAGCUUCAAUGUUGCCAAAGCUGAAGCCAUGAUCAGGAAGCACAUUGACUUCAGGAGGAACAUGAAGGUGGACAUCCUCUCCGACUGGACGCCUCCUGAGGUGAUCCGGAGGUACGUAUCCGGGGGCAUGUGCGGCUACGACAAGGAGGGAAGUCCAAUCUGGUACGAUGUGAUCGGCCCACUGGAUCCCAAAGGUCUCCUGAUGUCGGCCACCAAGCAGGAUUUCAUGAGGACAAAGAUCCGAAACAUCGAGAUGCUGCAGAGGGAAUGUCGACAGCAGUCCAAAAAGUUGGGCAAGAACGUGGAGUCCAUCACGCUCAUCUACGACUGCGAGGGGCUUGGCCUCAAGCGCCUGUGGAAGCCCGCCAUUGAGACCUACGGCGAGAUCCUCACCAUGUUUGAGGAUAACUAUCCGGAGGGGCUCAAGAGGGUUUUCCUCAUCAAAGCUCCCAAACUCUUCCCAAUGGCAUACAGCCUCAUCAAGCACUUCCUGUGCGAGGAGACCAGACGCAAGCUUGUCGUUCUUGGAGGGAACUGGCAGGAAGUGCUGCGCGACCAUGUCAAUGCCGAGCAGCUUCCGAUUGCAUAUGGAGGAACCCGGACUGAUCCGGACGGAGACCCUCGCUGUAGAACCAUGAUCAACUAUGGUGGCACGGUGCCGAGGUCGUACUACGUGCAGAACUUUAUCAAGGUCCAGUACGACACCAGCGUCACCAUCAGCCGCGGCGCCGUCUUGCAGCUGGACUACCACAUCAGCGCCCCCUGCAGCCUGCUGAGGUGGCAGUUCUCCAGCGAUGGCGCCGACAUUGGCUUCGGUGUUUACAAACGUACAGUAGAGACCAGCGAGCAGAAGGUGGCAGCCAUGUUGGAAGUUGUCCCCAGUGAACGCUACAACGCUCACCUGGUGCCCGAGGACAACAUGAUCACCUGCGCCGAACCCGGAGUGUACGUGUUGUGUUUUGACAACAGCUACAGCAUCCUUCAGUCUAAGAGGAUCAGCUACAAGGUGGAGGUGCUUCCUCCUUCACUGUGACCACAUACACCUCACUGAUGGGAGAGGUUCUGAUGUUGCCACACCGGACCAGGCUGACACCUACAUGAAGAAUUAGAAUUAGACACAAAACCUCUUUCAUCUUUAUUCCACUGUGAAUGUGUUUAUAUACAGUAUAUAAAACGCCUGAGUAACAUUUCAUGAUCAAAUUUUAUAUUGAUUUUUUUUAGUUUGUAAUAAUUAUCCACCUGUCAAAAAUAUUUUCUUUAAUUUACAUGGCCAAACUUGGUCACAUUUAACCAUAUGACAUAGCAGUAAUAAAGCUACACUUUGACAGUGGGCCUCCUUUUAAAGAUUAGCACAUACAAAUGGCCACUUGGGGGUGCUAUAGACGAGGGUAAUCGUGUGCACUUUGUGCUAUUAAGACUGAAAACAUGCUAACUAAACAUUUAAGACGACCCUGCCCACACUGAAUUCAACAACAUGCCACCUGACUACAAGCACCCUGUCGAGGGAGGAGGAUCCAAAGGAUGCUGCAGGAUCGGGGUGGUGGGGGAAGAAGCGGUGUUACAUAAUAGCUGGUGUGUCUGACGCAGUGCCAGUGUGUUUGGCGGUAGGACGUCAUCGUUUAAGUACCCGGAAGUGUACUUGACCAAGAACACGCCUCGUUUGUCUCAGAAUCCACUGCGGAGAAAUGGCGGAACAAGCAAAGAGUUGGACUGUACGUUAGCAUUUAAGUCGGUUUAAUGUGGUCAACCUUUGUACUUUUAACAUUGGUUGUCUAUUGUUUUAGGAACCUUAACGUAAAGACAUGACGAUAGGUUUACCUUAGCUGGAAGCUAUACAGGUUAGCUAGCAGCCUUAACUGUUAGUCCGUUGAGACAAACUACUGCUUAGACUUUGCUGUUAUUUUGGACUAUUUUGGACAAUUAGAUGUAUUCCUUGAAUCCCGUGAUCAAAAUUCAGUGCCAACUAGCACGGAUACUUCAUAAGUUGAAAUUGACGUGAGGUCAUAGCGCUGCUUUGCACAUGAUAUACAUUAUUGAUUAAUCCAAAGUGUGAUGCUAGCAUUAAUCAUGCAGGAGGGAAAACCUGUAGGAGCAGCACGGUGUGUUUGGGCUUUUAAACAACAUUGUAUGGUUUGUUGUCACUUAACACGAGGAAUAAAACUUUAUUUUGAGAUCACCUGA